AUGACUGCAACAUCCAUCUCCCCUCACAAAGUCGCCAGCCGCAAUGCCCUUCUUUCACCUCCAGACCCGGCCUCUGUGCGAUUACCGGACUCGCCUGAGAAGAGUGAUUUGACCUCCAGCGACAAGACUCGCGGUCUGCGCCGGCUCCAAUCGCACAAUCAACUGUCUUCGACCAGCAACAUGGGCAUUCAAACAUCAAAUCUGAGACCCCCGCGGUUUGGAAUUUCAACAAAGCCCUCACGCGAGCAGCUCAAUCAACCUCAACCCAGUACGGCCUCAAAUGCCGACAUGUCAAAUACUACCUCCACUCCCCGUGUGCGAGCGAAUAGUGAUGCUCUGACGCCGUAUGCGCUGCGGCCUCGCAAACCUACGAACCUCUCCAACCCAUCCUCAAACCACAUCCUCGCACACGCCCGCAAAUCCAGCCUAGAAAUGACUCUGCGCGACGGCCCCCCGCCUGGAACAACCGCCGCAAGCGCCUUGUCGUUGCUCCGACAUUCGAUCCUGACGAGUGGCGUUAGUGCAACGAAAGAAGGCAUGUCCGACUACCGGAUAUAUCUCUGGUUGACAUUGUUGAACAUCGGCCCGCUGGCGACAGACACAUACCUCAAUCUCAUCCACCGAGGCCGCAGUCCCGCGUACGAGAAGAUCUCCAACGACGUGUUCCGCACAUUGGCGACCGAUACACUCUUCAAGCGACGCGUCACCGAUGCCAGUCUAACUCGGCUAUUGAAUGCCACGGCCUGGCGGAUACACGAUGAGCAAAACGCCAAUCCACCGUCGGAUUUUGCUCAGAAGUAUACCCAGUCGACCUACCUGCAAGGUGUCAAUGUACUCUCCGCCCCGCUCCUGUACGCCUCGCGAUCAGAAGCUCAAGCCUACGCCAUCUUGACCCGCCUCCUAACUGAGCAUAUCCCCACUUACCUCUCCCCAACCAUGUCCGGUGUGCAUCGAGGCCUCGACCUCAUCGACAAGAUCCUGGCUGAGAUUAGUCCUGCUCUCGCAUCUCACCUCCUCAACAAGGGCUUGCCGGCCAAGAUCUACGCCUUCCCCUCUGUGAUGACGCUCUGCGCAUGUACACCACCUCUUCCCGAGGUACUGAAGCUGUGGGAUUUUCUGUUCGCAUUCGGAGCACAUCUGAACGUCAUCUGCGUGGUCGCCCAGCUACUGCUGCUGAAGGAUGCAUUGCUGGGCGAGCCGAGCCCUGCAAAAAUGCUGAGGAGCUUUCCGAACCUGAACGCUGAGAAAGUGAUCAGCAUGACUGUGUUGGUCGUGAAACAGCUAUCCAGCGAGCUGUACCGGGAUGUUGUUGUCCAUGGAAGGGAUGUUUCGUGA